AGAGGACAGGCGAUUACGAACUUCCAUGGGGGCUUCAACCGCUUCCAUCGCUUCCGCAGCUUCAACGGCUUCAACCGCUUCGACGGUCGCCGAGGUCCGCACGAAACUCGAGCCAAAGAAAGUGGAAGGAAAGGAGAGAACAAGGAGACGGAGAGAGAGAGAGAGAAGGGCUGAGAAAGAGAGGGAAGAAGGAAUGAGAGAGAGAGAGGGACACGUCCGCGGACACGGCCGAUAUAAGUCUUCAUGGAGUUUGGCGGAAUAUCGCUUGCCAUUGGAACUUUGGAAAAACCAGGCAAGUCAGUCAGCUGUCAAGGCUGAAGCCAUGAGGACAAGAAAGUGAGUGGCGGAUCCAACGUGCAAGAAAAGGAACUCUAUCUAGUCGUUUGGACGAACAAUGUAGAUGGUGAACCAAAGGUGGAACAAACGCUUUGUCAAAACUGUUUGAAGGAAGAACUACCACACCCGUUAGCAACCCAAGUGCCCUUUGAAAUAUCAUAACUGGCGAGCUUCUGAGUUAAGAGGAUCUCAAGGCUGCGAGGAACACAAUUCCAAAAGUUUUGUCCAACUUCUAUCCAAUUUACUCGUCUUCUGAUCAAGCGAUACUUGAGACAACUUUUUUUCUCUCGCACUCUCUGGGUGACAACGGACGAGUUCUUGGACCCACGGGGGAUCGGCUCCUGUCAAUUUUGGAGAGUGUCAAGAGAGUCCUGUACAGGUUUAAGGGAAUUCAUCACCAUGAUAGGUCAUUUGAAUGCACAAAGUCCUCUUGGAUGAGGGAGAUGUUAUCGAGAAACGUUAGUCGCACCAAUUGUUGGGAGCUGAAUUUGGAAGUGGAACUUGUAUCAUCUUCGUCUCGUUCGUCUCGUCCUUGCUUUUCAAGUGGUACCAACGAGGUCUCUGCUGAAGCGGAAAAGAUCCCUUGGAAAAGAAGAGUCAAAGCAAUGUCAAGUUCUGUCAUGCAACAAGAAAAGCCUCUGCAAACACGACAUCAAGUUUCAGAAAGUGAGGGGGAAGAAGAGGCAGCCAAAGAAAACGACAAGGAUGCUCUUUCGGAGCUUGAAGGCCGCAGGAGGCUGCAGGGUGCUCGAGGUCUUCAAGACGACAACAUAAAAGGGUCCCUUGGUCCUGCCAUCAUCCAACAACACAGGCAAAGACAAUUGUUUUCUCAUCGACGAAAACGGAGACGGUUGUGGUCCAUGCUCGGGGUCUGGCUCCUGCUGGCCUUUGGAGCUCCGAGUCUCGCUGACGCCUUUGUUUUGGAAGGAUCCCAGACCUCCUACGCUCAAUUCCGGAAGUGGCUUCCGACAACCAAUAGUUCAAUUGAAUUUGAGUUUCUUACCGAUCAGCCUAAUGGGAUCCUUCUCUACACCGACGACGGAGGGUACUACGACUUCAUUGAGGUCAAACUCGUCGAAGGCACAGUCAGGCUCAGGUUCAAUUUUGAUCGCGAACCCAAGGUGCUGACGGUGGGGCAAAACCUCAAUGAUGGGCGGACCUGGCACAAAGUGAUAAUCGCUCGGAAUGGUUUGGAAACAGCCUUGACCGUGGAUCAGAUCCGAGCCACGGCUCAACUCCCCAAACCAAAGCGACCCGAGGAUUUGAAUUUCGGCAACAUCACCCUGAAUUCCUAUGUGUACGUCGGCGGACUACCCUCGUGGUACACCACAAGGCUUUCCAACCUGGCCUUACCUUCGGUGGUGUUUGAGCCGCGGUUCCAGGGAGCGAUCAGGAAUCUGGUCUAUGUUGAUGAAGGCAGUGAAGCCAAGCCAAGGCGACAAGAGGUGAUGGCGUAUCGGGGCGUGCGUGCCAGUACGGUGGACGCGUGUGAGCACCACAAUCCAUGUAAACAUGGCGGGAUUUGCAUCUCGACCGAUGGUGGACCACUCUGUGAAUGCCGCUACAUUGACUUCGAAGGAGUAUUUUGCGAACAAAGCAAGGAUCCCCCCGAGGCCACCUUCAAAGGCGACGAAUACCUCAGCUAUGAUUUGGUCCAACUGGGUGGCCAACCGAUCCUCUCCACGCAAGAUGAAAUAUCACUCCAUUUCAAAACCACUCGACCAGACGGAUUACUCUUCCACACGGGAAAUGGCAAGGAUUACCUCAAUCUGUCCUUGCAAGAUGGAAAAGUGGCUCUGACCAUUAAUUUGGGUAGUGGGCGUCUGGACACGGGGAUCAAGCCUCGCGAUAUUAAAUUCAAUGACGAUAAAUGGCACCAUGUCCUCAUAGUCCGGGCUGCUAAAGAGCUGACCUUUACUCGAUCCAUGUGCGACGUUAAUAUGACGGUAGACAAUACGUUCACGGAGAAGUGGACGACCACCGGGACCUUUACCAUGCUGGAAUCAGCCAAAGUCUUCAUUGGUGGAAGCGAAGCCCCUUAUAAACUCCCUGGAACAGGGAAUAAGAACAACUUUGUGGGCUGCCUUAAGAAAGUGGAGUUCCGAGCGGACAGCAUUCAUCUUCCACUAUUGAAGUUGGCCAAGGACGGAAAUGGUUUGAUGAAUGCAGUUGGCAAGAUCGCCUUUCAAUGCAGCUCCUCGCAAUCCAUUCUUCCCAUUGCCUUCACUUCCAGCGACUCCAACUUGGCCUCUAAUCACCCCCGCCCCCAUCAAGGCGGUGGCGGCGUGGUCUCAAUCAACCGCCCAAAUGCAUAUUUGAUCCUUCCUACGUGGAAUAACACCGAAAGUGGAUCUCUCUCCUUCAAAUUUCGAACCACCGAACCAACGGGAUUAAUGUUCUUCAACGGCGGAGGCGUCAUUGGCAAGGGCGAUUUCUUCGCCAUGGAAAUGAUGGAGGGUUACUUGUACAAGCACAUUGAUUUGGGCUCAGGAGCCGUCAAAUUAAGAGCCUCCAAUCGGCGUCUUGAUGAUGGAGCCUGGCACAAGGUGGAGAUCCUACGGAAUCAAAGAUCUGGAACCAUCACCGUGGACGAAGAACUCCACAGUUUCGAGACUCCAGGCGAGGCCUUUAAGUUGGAGCUGGAUGGACCCCUUUAUGUUGGAGGACUGGAUCCGUCUUUGGAACCCUACCGCGUACCCCCUGUUUUAUGGACAGCCUCGCUCAGAAAGGGUUAUGUGGGUUGCUUGAGAGACUUGGACAUUAAUGGAUAUACGGUGGAUAUCGCCCAAUUUGCCAGCCAACAAGACUCAGGUUCAAUUGAGUCUUCUUGCCAUAUCAUGCCCCCCAAAUGCCCCCAGAAACCCUGUCUACAAGGAGGGACGUGUAUUGAAGGUUGGAAUCGAUACAUUUGUGAUUGUUCAAUGACCAGUUUCACCGGAUCAACAUGUGGAAAACCGGCCGCCACCAUCCACUUGAAUGGCCACCAACAUCUCAGCAUCAAUGACCUUGGCCGUGGAGUGAGUGAGGCCGAGGAGAUUGCCUUUCGAUUUCAAACCAAACUCAGCCACGCCUUCUUAUUGGCCACACGCCAUGAUUCGUCGACGGACCGCUUGGAAUUGUCGCUAGAAUCUGGUCGACUCCAAUUGUCGGUCACGAUGGGCAUGACAGCGAAAACGGUGAUCGUUGGGGACUCGUUGAAUGAUGAUAUCUGGCACACGGUCAUGAUGAAACGAAUGGGCAUGAUCAUCACUUUGGGCGUAGACGAUGACACGCCUCUCGUCGCUGAAAUUUAUGGGAGCGAAAGCUUCUUGGAUUACUCUCGCUUACAUGUGGGUGCCAUUUAUCCUUCACAUGUGAUCCCAAGCACGGCACCUAAUUUCAUUGGCCACAUCCAACAACUGUCUUUUAAUGGGAUCCCCUACUUGGAGCACAUCUUGUCUGGCCUUUAUCAUGACCAUGUGCUCAGCGGGACCUUUGGUCGCAAGCGAGGGAUGCUCUACCACACCAUAAGCUUUGCCAGCAAUAACACCUACCUGAUCUUGCCCCAGAUGAAGGCCUACAACGAGGUCAACAUCUACUUCCAAUUCCGAACUCUCGAGCCCGAUGGUUUGAUCAUGUACAACGCUGGCAAGGGCAAGGACUUUCUUGCCAUUGAAAUGGUUGGUGGCCAUGUUCAUUACGUGUUCAAUUUGGGCCACGAUACCGUCGUCUUGCGAGACACGAGUGCGAAGGCCUUGAAUGACAACCUCUGGCACUCGGUGUUCAUUGGAAGACCAAGCAGGACCAAACACACACUCCUCAUUGACGAUAACCAAUUGGCCACAAUGACCACUGAUGGACGUGACAUUCAUUUGGACUUGCAAGGAAUUCUUUUCUUAGGCGGAGUCCGGGAUACGAUGUACGGCAAGCUGCCCAGAGAGGUGGAAGCUAACAAAGGCUACCAUGGCUGUUUAGCCAGUCUUGAUUUGAAUGGCGAGGCCACGGAUCCCUUGAACAAUGCCCUGAGGACUUCAGACCUUGUCAAUGAGGGAUGUGAGGGCGACAAUCUCGGCCAUCCACCCCCAUCCAAUCUCAUCCGAUCCUCGCCUGCCUCCUUGACCCGAGCUGGGGGAGGCUUUGGAGCCCUUCCGGGGUCCUGUCGGAAGGAUUUUUGCGCCAACAAUGGUGUAUGCAAGAACCAUUGGUUGACUCCGGAAUGUGAUUGUGAUCUCACAUCCUUUACCGGGCCCAAUUGUGCCGAUGAGUCUGUGGCCUAUGAAUGGGGCUCCAAACAAGGCCUUAUUCGUUACUAUUACCAUAUGGACCACCGACCCGACACCAGAGCCGAUGUUCUAUCUUUGGGAUUCAUCACACCUCUCCGGGAUUGCGUGGUUAUUCGAGUUGAUAGUGAUGCAGCCAACGACUACAUUGAACUAGAGAUUGUCGGUGGAAAUAUCUUUGUGGGGUACAACCUUGGCACUGAGGAUUUUGCCAUCGGCGAUUUGAGCGUUAGGGUGGAUGAUGGAAAAUAUCACGUAAUUAGAUUCACCAGAUCCGGACCCAAUUCCACCUUACAGAUCGACGACAACCAAAUACAAGCAAAGUAUCCUUAUGGUCGACAAUUGAGUGUAUUCAAUGGGCAAUCCCAAAUUCAAUUAGGAGGCAAAUGGAACCCGACCUUAAGCCGUGUCGAACGACCUUUUCGGGGGGUCAUGGCCGGUUUAGUCUACAAUGGACUACGGCCUUUAGAUUUAGCCUCCAAGGGUGAUGGCCGCACCAAGGUUCAAGGAGAUGUCCGGUUAUUGGACAUCAUCCCAUUCGACUAUCGAGAACGGAAUAGAAGGCUCUUUGACGAUCAUAAGAUGCAACAAACCAACCCUUCAAAUCGCCCAGAACCUGGGGUUAAUGACGAGCUCGUCUAUGGGAGGUCCAGAUGCACUGGAGAUGAUGACAUGUACUACGAUCCAAAAUGUUUCUCGUUCGACGGUUCGGUUGGCGAUGAGCUUAUAACUCCGGUGUACAUCACCCCCACGAGACCUCCUUGGAGAGAACCAAAGCAACCAUACAACCCGUAUCGGCCAUGUGAUGACGACGACGAUGAUUGCGGUUCCGGGUUCGAGGACAGUGAGCAAGCAUAUACCCGGGCACCUAGUUACAUUCUCACUACCACGGCUUCCACGACAGAAGAUUGGCUUCAUUGGCAAAGCACAACCGAAGCUCCUAAGCCUCUCACAAAAGCUCCCAUCAUCUCAACCUCCAAGCCGCAAAUCAUUUAUGAAAACUAUGAUACCAAAUACAAUGUCUACGACAACGAGCCCGAAAUUAAAGACCCUCCUCCACAAAACAACCAUGUGUCUGCAGCCACGGCGCCCAGUACGAUACUUGUCAUCGGAAUCAUAGUCUUCGCCAUGAUCGCCAUAGUUCUGAUAGUGGUGAUCGUUCUCAAAACCAGGACAUCGGCCGAUGGAAACUUUAAAGUGGAAGAAGCUCGGACUUAUCAUUUUGCUCCGCCUGCAGAUGAAUUCACACCUACAGUGAAUACUUUGCCCGCAGGGUCCACGAUUAUUCCUACGAGUGCCACCGUGAUUCGAACCAGUGCCACGACCGUGGGUGACUCAAACGGGUUUUAUGGAAAUGGUAACACUGCAACGGUGAAAAAGAAUAACGGGAAGCCUAUUCGUGAAUGGUAUGUGUGAGAGGUUUCCGUGAUCCAUGAAGUUUGCCAAAGUGCCCCUCAAAAGCCCUCCAAGUGGGCUUGUUGAUCUCGGGUUGGUCUGGAGCUCCGUCAGGGCCAAUCUACUCGAAAUGAUGAUCUCUUCUUCCAAGAGCUCUUCUGCCGAACCCGUUCUGUGAUGACACUUCCAAAUUAGAAUGGACUUUAAUCUUAUCACUCUUAUCAUUAGCUAUGAAUGUGUUACAUAUACCUAGGUAUAAAGUACGAUAUAGCAUCGUGGCAACAAGAUGCCAUUGUUGGUCAGACUCUCUUCUGCGUAUUGUCGAAUUUUUGGGUUCAGUUAUUCAAUUGUGGCAACCCGUUUGACCUUGUUACUCACAAGCGCAAAUCUAAAAAUUAUCGUUUGCUAUUUUUGUACUCAUUCUUGACUCGACUCGUUCCAAGUUAAAUAUAAAUCUUGAAAGCUUAA